GGCCUAGGAAUUAAAGAUCGACUCCUGGGAGUACAGGAAUCUCAAGAGAACCCAAGUUCAUUUCCAAGAGAAGGGUACCCCACCGUAACCCCCAGAUUUCAAAGUCCUUCGAAUGGAUGGCAGAUUGUGAUUCCAACGAUUCGUUAGGAACUGAAGCUCUUCCGACUGUGGAAUUGCAGAGGGACAACAAUAACAGUGAAAUGAGUCGGGAAAAGAUUGAAACGCCAGAAGGACCCAGGCUCUCUCCAAAAGUUCGGGCAUAUUCUGCAGAUGCUGGGGCUGAAACAGCUCUUGCUAUUCGAGAAAACAACAYGAAGAAAUCACCAUCUGCAGCUGCACCAAAUCAGGAUGAAGCAUUUGUAUCUCCAAAAAAGGAAUUAGGAAAAGUGGAAAAUGGGCUUCACAGAGUCCUUCAGAGGAAAGCAGGCAUGAAUAUUUCACCUUUAAAUACUUUUCCUAGAAAUUCUGAAUAUCAAAGCCAGUUUGUGUGGAAGAGUCCUCACGAAAAGUCUCCAAUACUUGCAGCUGAGCAGGUAAUUCACAAUGCGAGYAAAUCCAUCCCUCCGUUUAAAUCCGCACUUACUGCUGAAGCUGAAUAUGAGAGAAAUAUCAGAGAGUCUCCUGUUAAGAGUCCACAGCUGAGAUGYGAUUCAGAAGAGAAAGAAUUUCCAGUUUGUGAACAAAAUAAAAGGAAAGAACCGUUUCAAAGGCCAACAGAAGAUGCAUCAAAACAAGGGAAAAAAUCAGAACAGAAACAUCCCAAACAAAAAAAUAAGCAACAGAUCAGUCAGAAACCCCUCUCUUUACAUACAAGUCGUGGGAAGAUGAACACUGAAUAUAGAUCAAAAUUUUUGUCUCCAGCUCAGUAUUUGUACAAAGACGGAGCAUGGUCUCGGAUCAGGAAUAGUGUUCCCAGUCAGGCAUCUCAAAACACCCUAAAUUCCAUGUGGUAUAUGGAGGUGAAGGAGCUUCGAGCCAGAGCCAAGGCCUACAGGCAGCGACUAGAGGGCACCCACUUCUCCCGGCACCACCUCAACCAGAUUCUCUCCGAUAACAACAGCCUCUGGGACGUGUCCUCGACUUCCAGUUCCGAGGAGGGCAUCAGCAACAACAUCAGGGCCCUGGAUCUGGCAGGAGUUUCUGAAAAAGAGACUUCACGGAGCCCCAAMGCGCUGCAGCAGCCUGGGGCUGCCGAAGAGCUGCAGCAGGACAGCCCUGAGAAGAAGGACCUGUCAACUGCCUCCACUGUCCCAGUCAAGAGGCGUUUAGUUUGGGGUGAACAAGAAGGGACUGAAGGAAGAGACAGCCAGCCCUCAGCAGAAGAGGAGGAAAAAGAAAAUGAGCCGGUUGCAAGCGUGGCCCAGGAGACAGGUGAUAAGGAUGGCAUCGAGGAUAAAAACAAUGAAGGCAAGAAGGCCUUGGAGCUGAAUCCCUCUCCGUCAGUCUCUUCUGUGUCCUCAGGGAAAGGUGGCCGGCUGCCCACUCCAGAGCUCAGAGCUCAUGGUGGUGCUCAGAGGACCCACCAUGAUCUCACCACUCCAGUUGUUGGAGGUGCAGUUUUAGUGUCUCCUCCAAAGCCCAAGGUGUCAUCUCCACAGUGGAGAACAAGAAGUUUAGGAACAAACCGUUCUCCAGAUAAGCAAGGAGCAAGAGAAGCUUCAAAAAGAAGAUCCUGCAGGGUGAGCCAGAAAAAGGAAUCAUCAGGCAUUUUAGGAGCUGCUGCAGAAGUGGACGCUGUUUCGCUCCUCACCUCCCCACCUGCUGGCCUGGGAACUUUGGAUCCUUUGCCCUUGAGGCAGGAUGAGUGGCCGGCUGCGGAGCGAGUUCCUCUCGCUUCCCAACACGAGGAGCGUCCCGAGGAGCGCCCCGCUCCUCCUGCUCUGCUGAGGGCCGCCCAGAGCCACCCGCCGCAUUCCUGGAGCCCCUCUUGUCGCAUCCAAGGGACUCUCAAGGACCCGGAAUUCCAGCAUAAUGGGAAUGUUGUGAGUCCCAGAAUGAGAUCUUUCCAGCUACCACUUCAGGAAAGAAACUGCAAUGAUGAAGAUGACAGGCUGUCUCAGAUCUCUGCUCGCUCUGCAGCUUCUAGCUCACUGGCCUCUCAGGUAUUGGAACGAGCUCAGAAGAGGAAGGAAGAUUUCUGGGGCAAGACAUAAUUUGUCCCACUUGUUUUAUAUUAACUGUGCUGUAAAAUGAUGUAUUUUUACAGUUUGUAGUUGUGUACGUUUUUUUAAGCCUGGGAUUGCAAUGUCAUGAAGUGUCCUUUCACCUGUCACUAAGAAGGUCCAACUGUCAGCACAGUUUUCUCAUUUCAGUGUUUAAACUAGUGCUGAAAAUCGAGGUCCUUGAUGUCCUUAAGCAUUCAGUCCUCAUUCGUGAUUUACAGCAGCUGUGUUGAGUGUUUUCUUUGGUUUUGUUUCUGUUUUACAGUGGCCCCUCCUGAAACUGAAACAGUUAUUUUUAUGCAGCCUCUCUGUUACUGUUCAGGUACUCUGCAGUUCUGCUGCAGUCAUGCAGUGUCCAGGGGCAACAGCAGCAUUCCCAGACAUYCCAGUUGCUGGAUUUUAACCAGGUGUAUUAGAUUGUUGUGGUACAUUCCUUUGUUGCUCUGUGAAUUGUGAGUUCAGCACAGUGCUAUAAUACACUUUGUUACUUUAAAUGCUUAACUGCUUAGGUUCCUGUCAGAAAAACAUCUCCUAGUAUUUCCUAACAAACCUAGCAAUGAACAUACAARAGUUUGGGAAAAGAAGGUUAAGCUUUGGAGUUCUCAUUGUCCCAC